AUGACCUCCCGUGACCUGUCUGCUGCAGUUAUGACAUGUGUGCAAACGACACCUUUCACGGGUCAGCGAACCGGUGACGAGACACUCGAAACUUCCGAGAUUAUAAAUACCAACAGUAACCAGAGUCACAUCCUCCCCAAGAAAAACUGGGCACCCAAUUCAUCAAAGACGAGAUUCUGUCUCGGCCACAAAGGCCAUCCGUAUGAAGUUAUUCGAGUGGAGUUUCGUGAUAUUGCUGCAACCAUGAAAGAUAUUGCCGCAUCUCCAACAGCUGGGAAAAGAAACCUUCGGGACCCUCCAAGGCGAAUCCACGAGUUCAAGGCGCCCUAUGAUGGGAGAUAUUAUUUCGACUGA